AUGCAAAUUGUACUCGUCCUCUUAGCAAUUUAUGGGACGACAACAAAUGCUCUGCGAGUUGAUCAAUUCGUGGAGCGACCGAUUGGUAUGCAAAAUGGUGAUGUACUCGAUGCACAAAUAACCGCGAGCAGUAGUUUCGACAAACAAAGUGUGGGACCUCAAAAUGCUCGAUUACACAGUGAACUGGCGUCAGGGGCGUGGUGCCCGAAACCCCAGAUCAACUCCAAGAGCUACGAAUUUUUGCAGGGUUACCGUAAAAAUGUAGUAAUUACAGAAACUCAUAAAUUUCAGGUCACUCUUAACGACACCUUUUUGAUCACUUCUGUUGAAACUCAAGGAAGAUACGGAAACGGGACCGGAAGGGAGUUUGCAAGCCAUUACAUGAUUGACUACAUGCGACCCGGUAGUCAGUGGAUUCGAUACCUAAAUAGAUCUGGUCAUGUGUACAUGGAUGGCAACUUUGACACCACCACCCCUGUCAUUCGAGCCUUGGACCCUCCAAUAGUCGCUUCACGAAUUCGAAUCGUUCCAUCAUCAAAGAACACAAGAACUGUUUGUAUGAGAGCAGAAAUUCAUGGAUGGAAACAUGAAGGUGUCAUCUAUUACUCAACAGUGCCAGAUGGUUCUCGUCUCGACACUCUAGACUUCAAAGACAAUAUGUUUGAGAAUAGUCAAAUGUACACUGAAUCGGGCAUCACAAGGGGUCUCGGACUGCUGACGGAUGGUUAUGUGGCGCAGACGUCACCGUUUGAGAAGAAUCAAAUGAAUAAUAGUUGGAUCGGCUGGAAUAGGGAUACUACUGAUGGACGUGUAACUAUACUGUUUGAGUUCGAAGAGAUUCACAACUUCACCGAUGUAGUUCUUGCGACAUUUGGGAAUCGAAUCGAUGGAAUUGACGUCAUAUUCAGCCAAGAUGGAAAGACGUUCCCACUAUUUUCUCAAAUCAGUUCAAGUGAAAGACAGACGUUGAAUAACACCAGUAGACGAUAUGAUUUCCGAGUGCCUCUUCACAAUCGGGCUGGGCGUAAGGUUCGAAUUUCCAUAAAGUUCUCAUCAGAUUGGAUGUUUCUGACAGAAGUUCAUUUCACAUCAGGUAUUUUUAAACACACAGUUUCUCAAAAAAAUAUCAAUUAUUUAGCUGCUAACCUUACACUCAUGACUGAAAAGGUCCCGACUCCUGAAUCAGCAACAACGCAAAAGUUGUCAGUAAUCGGUGGCAUAAUCUUUUUACUGAUCUUCGUUGGUAGCAUCUAUUGCAUCUCGGUUUGUCUGAAACGACGGCAAAAGAACAAGAGCGUAGAUUCAAAUGUCAAGAAGGACCUGAUAAUUACCCAUAUGGGAAACAAACCAUCGUGCCACGUGUUCCCAUCAAAUGGAAAGUUGUCAAAUGGCCAUUACGAGGUUGCCAAUGACAUUUUGUAUACGAGAUCUCAGAAAUCUACACUGUUGAGCGUUUCCUCAAAAUCCAGCUCAUCUUGCCGGGUGAUACCUCCGACGUGGAAUGAUUUUAAUUUUCCACCCCCGCCAGAGCCGAACAAAGAAGAACACACAUAUUCCCAACCAGUGUCUCCUGAAAAUAGCAGCAAUGGGUCUUAUAAAAGUGUCAAAAAAGUUCCUGCCCUGUUAGUUCGCGCAUUCUGUAUUAUUUCAAAACAUAAAAAUUCCAGAAAGAAAUAUCCAACUAGCGCGCUGCUCAUUGGGAAAGCAAUUGGCGAGGGAAAGUUCACAAUGAUCAAGGAGUGUAUCAUUUUUGGAGGAUUGAAAUGUGCUCACAAAUCGUCGAAGGAAGAAGAUUGCGUGCAUGGGACACGAGCGAUGGGCGAUGAGAUAUCAUGCCUAUUGAAAUGCGGAAGGCAUCCACGGAUUGUCGAACUCUACGGAGUCGAUGAGUCAUACAAUUUGCUAUUGGAGCCUGUGGAGUAUGGUUGCAUUCGGAACUUCUGGCUAGCAUCGGAAACAUCUUUGGACACCGAGUUCCUUGCAAGAAUCUGUAAAGAUGUCUUCUCUGCAAUGACCUACUUGGAGAGCAUACGAAUAGUUCACGGCCACUUUACACCCAACAACAUCCUUCUGGAUGGCGAAUUCCAUGCGAAAAUUUGCUCACCACGCGGACCAUCCCACCAUGCUCAAUUACGAUAUUCUGCUCCAGAAUCAAUUGUAAACAACGAAUUCACACACAAAUCAGACGCUUGGGCAGUGUCGACAACGGUUUAUGAGAUGGCUUAUCAAUGCAGGCAGCGACCAUACGAGGAACUAACCAAUGAGCAGAUCGUUGAUAAUGCUCGUGCUCUUUUGGAUCAUCAACCACAUGCGGUGAGAGGAAAAUUUGAACUUUCACAUGUUCCAUUGAUUCCAACAGUGUUCCCCUAUGAGAUUAUGCAACUUUUAACGCGAAGCUUCCGGAUAGAGCAGACCGAUCGACCGACGUUCGAGAGAUUCUGGAAGGCCUUCUCUGAAAUCAAUUGA